GUGAAAAAUUAAUACAAAAAGUAUGUGUUAUCAUUGGUCCAAAUGUAUCUUACUGUCUUAAAAACCAUCACCAAAAAGGAGACUUGUUUGGGUUGCCGUGACUCACUCCCAUGUGCUUCUCUUUCCCCUUUCUCACAAUCCGUGACAUUAACUGCUCUACUAUACGACAGAACCCCUUUACACACAACACAAGGUGUCGAUAAACCAACGACUUCUUUUGUUUUUUUGGCAAUUUCCUUCCGGUUAUUGACCUACCGGUCCGGUUCGUCUAUUUUGGAAUCAUCCGGUUCUGUAAAUUUAGCUUAUGUGGUCUUAAAUUCUCUGUUUAGAUUCUUUUUCGUUCACACCUCUCAAGUUGAAUAAUCUUCCCAAGUUCAAACAAGUCUGAAUUUUUUGUUUCUUUCUUUCAACUAGCUGACCAAAAAAACAUUAAAGUUCGCCAAAUAUUUGGAUUGAAUUGACGAAUAUUGUAUGGUUCGUACUAACGGCUGAGUGCCGUUUUCAUAAUAUUUUCUAACAGUAGUACGAUUUGGUACUUGUUACUUGUUAGUUUGUUAAACUGAUUUGGAAACUGGAUAAAACCGGUUAACUAAAACGUAAACCGAGUCGUGGUGUUGGUAAAAGGUGAUUGGGCAAGAAGCCUAACCUGUUGUCUCGGUUCUGUCACUAGGUGGGCAAAAAAAACCACUUGUUUCAUUAUAUUCUUCUUUUAAAAAUCAAAAUCUUUUCUUCUUCUACCAUCUCCACAAACUUCAAUAUCUCUCGCUCAAGAAUAAAUAAAACCCACAAAACUAAAUUAAAUUUGCAGAAAAAAAUAAGAAGAAGAAGAGGCAUGAAUGGUGAAGAAAGCUUCGUUGAAGAUUGCUCUGAGUAUGUUGAAAUUGAUCCUUCUGGAAGAUAUGGAAGAUACGAUGAAGUACUUGGCAAAGGUGCUUCGAAGACAGUGUACAAAGCGUUUGAUGAGUACGAAGGUAUAGAAGUGGCAUGGAAUCAAGUCAAGCUUAGGAACUUCACUAGGAAUCCUGAUGAACUAGAGAAAUUCUUCAGAGAGAUUCAUCUGCUCAAGACUUUAAAUCAUCAAAAUAUCAUGAAGUUCUACACUUCUUGGGUCGAUACCAACAAUCUUGCAAUCAACUUUGUAACUGAACUCUUCACCUCUGGUACUCUCAGACAGUAUAGGUUGAGACAUAGGAGAGUGAAUAUAAAAGCAGUGAAGCAAUGGUGCAAGCAGAUUCUAAAAGGGCUUCUCUAUCUUCAUAGCUGUUCUCCACCAAUCAUCCAUAGAGAUCUAAAAUGUGACAACAUCUUCAUCAAUGGAAACCAAGGUGAAGUCAAGAUAGGUGACCUAGGACUCGCUGCCAUUCUUCGUAAAUCACAUGCCGUUCGCUGUGUUGGAACCCCUGAGUUCAUGGCUCCUGAAGUGUACGAUGAAGAAUAUAAUGAGCUGGUUGAUGUAUAUGCUUUUGGAAUGUGUGUGUUAGAGAUGGUCACAUUUGAUUACCCUUACAGUGAAUGCACUCACCCUGCUCAAAUCUACAAGAAAGUUACCUCGGGGAAGAAGCCUGAAGCGUUUUACUUAGUGAAAGACCCUGAGGUACGCGAGUUUGUUGAGAAGUGUUUAGCUACUGUGACGUCUAGACUCACUGCUUUGGAGCUGUUACAAGACCCUUUCUUACAAGAUGAUGUGGAUGAGUUCGACAUGAGACCUAUUGAUUACUACAAUGGUUAUGAUGAGUUCCUUAGACAGCCUCUCAUCGACCCUCCUCUUUACCAUGAUGAGUCACAGAUAUGUGAGAUCGAUCUUUUCGCGCAAGACGAUGAGGAAGACUCCGACCAUGUUGACAUUUCUAUUAAAGGGAAGAGAAACGGUAGUGAUGGGAUCUUCUUGAGGCUAAGAAUCUCUGAUGCGGAAGGAAGGAUAAGGAACAUAUACUUCCCGUUUGAGACAGAGACUGACACUGCAUGGAGUGUAGCAGCAGAGAUGGUGUCUGAACUCGACAUAACGAAUCAAGAUGUUGCGAAAAUCGCGGAGAUGAUCGAUGCGGAGAUAGCUGCAUUGGUUCCUGAUUGGAAAGUCAAUAACAACGUGAGCAACAGCAACAAAGAAGAAGAGAAAUCUCACCAUUACCAUCAUCAGUUCGAGUGUUCUGACGACAGAAGCUGUUCUUCGGUUCACGGAAGGUUCGAGGAAAUAAGUUACCAAGCGGAAGGACAAGAACAAGGAAGUGGUGAUGUUGUUGUUGUUGUCUCUGGAGAAGGUAAUAACAACAGGAUUCAUUACGCGGAUAUUUGGGGUCUGAGAGAUUCACGUUCGGAUGGUGGAGAAGAAGAAGAGAGCUCGUUGAAGCCAAGGAGAAAGGUGGAAGGGGAGUGGUGGCCGGAGAAUGAGAUAAGGAGAGAGUUGAGAUGGCUUAAGGCAAGGCAUAAGAGGGUUAGAGAUCAUCAAACCAUCUGUGAGAAACCAACUUCAGCUUCGCCCCCUCUUCUUUAUAGGGCGUUCUCACUUCCCGUCGACGCCGUGGAUAUAUGAGAUUGUAAUAAAUUCUAGUUACUAUAUUUUAAAUUUUCUUUUUUUCUUUCACUUUUAAAUUUUGUUAUUAAUCUUUGGUUAAAUAUCCUUCAAACAUUACCUGAACUGGAGUCAGAUCACGAGUCUCUUGUUAUUAUUAAUCUUCGUUAAUAU